CACUGAACACACCACCACUAUAAAGAGACCUCGUCUCGCCCUCCUCGCCGUCGAAAUGGCGAACAAUCGCGGCAAGCUAGUUUCCCCAAAGCAUCGGCAGAAACAAACAAACCCAAGAGAUCAAGGGAAGCGCCCUCAGGGUGUCAGGAAAUCGGAGGCGCAGGGACCUAUCCGCAGGAGCGCCCGCCUCAACCCAGUGCCUAGCGACCGCUCUGGGCAACCACACCCGGCGGAGAAGACCUUGGGUCAAUCAACUUCUCCACAGCCCACGGGCCGAAAACGAUCGCGCGAAGCCGAACCUUCACCGGCCGACGCCGCAACCGGACCCUCCGCGAAGCGACUGCGUACGUCUGCAGACUUUGCCGCCGCCCGACCGACCGAUCGAGCAACGCAAUCCAGCAACACCGAGACGCCCCUCGACCCCAUUGAUUAUUGGCGGAAGGAACAAGCUUGGCCUAAGGAAUACUUUGAGCCAGAUACGAUGGCGCAUCUGCUCGCAAGGAAGAAGUCCACGCCCUCUCUCCGGCGUAAACGAUCAGAGAGUUCUCUCGGCGCUAGCUCUACGACGCCCAGUGAUCAGAAGCCGAGAGAAGCCAAGAGCGCCCCAUAUCAAGACCCUCGGUACAAACUUUUACUUCAAACCAAAGGAAGCUUUAUGGACAAGUCGGAUUUGGGAAUUACAGAAAAUAGCAAAGACAUGUACUUGGCCUUGCUUUACGCAGAGCAGACGGUCCCUACCAAGUCAUUGUUUCGAGACGACAUUUUCGAAAGGACUUGCCGAAAUAUACAAGACAGGAAUGAAGCGAGAGUCGUCCAAGAUAUUACUCGAUUAAUCGUACCUUCUGCGGAAACGUUGGCUACGUACGGUGCCAGGGAGCUAGACAUUCUGAUCGAAAGUGUCAACGAAGGCUGGAACAACUCCAUUCCGCUAACCGGCACCCGCCCGCAGCCCGACUACUCCGUUGGGUUCAAACGGGAGGCGUUCACGAAAGAGCAGCUGGAGAAGCUUGCGCCCUUCAUCGGCGACUUCAUCGCCGGCGACCAGUCCUUCUUCAUGGCCACGUACUACAUGUACUUCCCGUUCCUGACGUGCGAGGUCAAGUGCGGCGCGGCGGCGCUCGACAUCGCCGACCGCCAGAACGCGCACAGCAUGACGCUCGCCGUGCGGGCCGUCGUCGAGCUCUUCCGGCUGGCCGGGCGCGAGGCGGAGAUCGACCGCGAGAUCCUCGCUUUCUCGGUCUCGCACGACCACCGGUCGGUCCGGAUCUACGGCCACUAUGCUGUGAUCAAGGGAAAAGACACUACAUUCUAUCGUCAUCCUAUCCAUAUGUUCGACUUCACGGCACUGGACGGGAAAGAGAAAUGGACGGCAUACAAGCUCACCAAGAGCGUCUAUGACGUGUGGAUGCCGACCCACUUUAAAAGACUCUGCUCCGCCAUUGACGCAUUGCCCCAAGAGCUGGAUUUUGACGUCGCACCGCUUCCACAGGGCUCUGGGCUCUCGCAGGAUUUGGAGUCCCAUCAUCUCUCGCAGUCCUUUGCGGCAUCUCAAACGGGCGAUGAUGAGAGUCGUAGUGGGGACACCACCCCAAACACCUCGUUUACCCAGGGAGCCUCGAAAAGGCCGAGAAGAAAGCUAGCAGAGUAGAAGCGCUCACAGAAAGGGUGUUGCACUUGUCAUUGGUUUCAGCUUUGCGGACUGAGCUGGUAGGAGAUUUGUCCGCUUAUAAGCCUUUGGGACGUUGGGCUAUAUUCAUUUUGGUUAUUUGAUAGCAUGUUAGAUUCUUAACGAUGCAGCCAAACGACCUGCAGUGUCUUCUC